AGAGAGAGAGAGAGAGGGAGCUGAAGGCAGAGGACUGGAGUCACCUAAAGACCAAACUCACUAAAAACAGGAAAAUUACCCCGCAGAAGAAGCGCAGUGUAAAGUGUGCUGAGAGGUCAGUGGUCUGUGUGUGAGGGGUUUAAACUGGUAAAACUCUGUCUCUCGGUCUGAGCGGGAACACCUGACCGCGCCGGACAUGCUGCAGGAGAACCUGCUGCUGCUGCUGCUGUGAGUUCAGCACCACGCGGAGUUUAGAAGUGAAGCGAGAGAAAAAAAACAGACUUUUAUCAUAAUAAACAAGAAAACUAAUAUUAGGAAGCUUCUGGUGAGGAACAAUGAGUGAGUUAGGUUAGCUGUAGCUGUGAGAGCUCUGAGAGCGAAGGUGGUCUGUGUGUGUGUGUGUGUGUGUGCGAGAGAGAGAGAGAGAGAGAGAGCAGUCCCUGAGGAGCGGACGGACUGAGCGAUACAGGAGUGUGAAGGCGGAAUACUGGAUGAAUGUUUGAGAGGCUGUCGACCCCCGCCACGUCCACCGGCCGGAGGGAUCCGUACAUGGAGUUUUUAACCUGGACCCGCUAGGAUGGACGUGGUUGAUGAAACGGAAGCCCUACAGAGAUUUUUUGAAGGUCAUGAUAUUAACAGCUCUUUGGAGCCAGCAAACAUUGACACCAGUAUCCUGGAGGAAUACAUCAGCAAAGAGGACGACAGCACAGACAUCUGUUUUUCGGAGGUCCACAGCAACCCAGGGCCUAACUACUCAUCCCCUCAAGCCGGAACGUCCUCAUCUGGGGGGGUAGUGUGUGGAGUGAGCCCCCCCAUUGCCCAACGUCAAGGCACUGCACCAUCUCUGCACCCACCCUGCCAGAACCCAUAUCCCCCUCCUCCCCCACUCGGCCUCCUCAGACACAACCACCCCUGCCUGGGGCAACAGCAGGGCCAGCCCCAUCAGCACCACCAGCAGAUCCAGCAGCAGCAGCAACAGCACAUCAAACCAGAACACUGCGCUCACUACGCACCUGGAACAUUACCAGAGUCUCCACCAGACUCUAGCUCAGAGCCAUACUCCCCCCAGCAAGUGAAUGACCCGCACAUGCUGAGGGCCAUGACACCUGAAAACAUGUGUCACAUGACCACCCCGCCUCCCAUGCCCCCUCAUGGUCACUAUCCCAGCAUGCAUCGGGACAUGUACCUGAAACCAGAGCCCCUGAUUUCACAGUAUCCAAUUGGGCCGGCAACCACUGGAGGUGGAGACAUACAACAGAGUCAGAUGCUCCAUCAGCUGCUACAACAUCCACAAGGACAAGACAGCAUUCCCGCUCACCAAGCAAAGAAGAGGAAGCACUCAGAUUCUCCCAACAGCACUCUCAAUGCGCAAAUACUUAGCGGCAUUAUUAAACAAGAACCAGAUUGUACUGUCAUCUGUUUUGAAGGUUUGAUGCAGGACGCAGAAAACUCAUAUUUGGACCCAAACUAUCAGUGCAUUAAAUGGCAGCCACACCAACAGAACAAAUGGACUCAGCUCUACGACGCCAAUGGCAAAGAACUCCCGAUGCCCACAUACAGAGUAGAUGCGGACAAAGGUUUUAAUUUCUCCUUGGCUGAUGAUGCCUUCGUGUGUCAAAAGAAGAACCACUUCCAGGUCACUGUGUACAUCGGCAUGCUUGGAGAUCCAAAAUAUGUGAAGACCAGCGAAGGACUGCAGCCAAUAGACUGUUUUUACCUAAAACUCAAUGGAGUCAAGUUGGAAGCAAUGAACCAGACCAUUAAUGUGGAGCAGUCCCAGUCUGACCGCAGCAAGAGACCGUUUAAGCCUGUUCUGGUGACUCUGCCCCCAGAACAGGUGACAAAAGUAACAGUGGGUCGACUGCACUUUAGUGAGACCACAGCUAAUAAUAUGAGGAAGAAAGGCAAGCCGAACCCUGACCAGAGGUACUUCAUGCUGGUGGUGGCUCUCCAGGCUCAGUCCCACAGCCAGAGUUACACAGUGGCGGCGCAGGUGUCUGAGAGGAUUAUCGUCAGGGUAACCGCUGCAUCCAACCCAGGUCAGUUUGAGAGUGAUAGUGAGGUGUUGUGGCAGAGAGGUCAGCUGCCGGACUCUGUCUACCACCACGGCCGAGUGGGCAUCAACACUGACCGACCUGAUGAGGCCCUGGUAGUCCACGGCAAUGUAAAGGUCAUGGGUUCCCUUGUUCAUCCCUCUGACAUCCGUGCCAAAGAGAACGUGAAAGAGGUGGACACCACAGAUAACCUGAAGCGGAUCUCUCAAAUGCGACUGGUGCAUUACCAGUACAAGCCUGAGUUUGCUGCCACUGUGGGUAUAGAUAACACUGCAGAAACUGGAGUGAUAGCCCAAGAGGUUCAGAAGAUUCUUCCAGAAGCUGUGAAAGAGGGGGGAGAUGUAGUUUGUGCCAAUGGAGAGACCAUCCCUAAUUUAUUGGUGGUGAACAAGGAGCGUAUCUUUAUGGAGAAUGUGGGGGCAGUAAAAGAACUGUGUAAACUGACUGAUAAUCUGGAGACUCGUAUCGAUGAGCUUGAGCGCUGGAGCCGCAAACUUGCUAAACUACGACGCCUUGACAGCAUGAAGAGCACAGUUAGCGGCAGCACAGUCAGUCAGUCAGGUAGUCACUUUAGCAGAAAUGGGAGUGGACCACUUAAGAAGAAAUCCGUCAAACCAGGAAGUAAGAGUGUGAUUCCAGAGCAGAACUGCUUGAGUCACAAGUUCAUGCAGGGCACCAUCCUAGCCCUGGUCAUCAUCAUGGCCUUCAGUGUCAUCUCAAUGUCAAUACUGUAUGUGCUAAACAUGCAUCAACAUGGAAACGUAGCUGAAGUUGAUGGCUCUUUACAUUCCUGUGUUCUCUACAUCUCCUGGAUGCCUUUCCUCACUGCUACUGUCACUUUCUGUCCGUCUGUGUGUCCAUGGUCUCGCUCUGCUUUGGGCUCAUCUCGCAAAGCUGUUUAUUCAUCUCCCAGAGAGGCCAUGUCCACACUCCCUUCAGUCUCCGCCUCUCCAACUGUGCCUAAUCAUCCAGCUUGCUGCCCUCCAACUGCCACAACCAACCAGUCAGCAACUGUCAGCUUGAUGUCGAGCACAAACCAGUCUACAUCAGAAGUUAGUCCUGCUCCCACCCCUGCAAGUAUUAACAAAAAGGCAAAGUCUCGGGUGCUGGAUAAGGAAAGCAGGAACAGAAACCGGCUUAGCCACACUUCAGCCCCUCUCUUCCUCAACAAGGUCAAGAAACCCCCUCAGCCUCCUGACAUGGACACCAGCAACCGCCUGCCUGGGAGUCAGCAACCCCUGCCUCGUAGACAACGCAGCAUACACACAGAAGGUGGAAAUGUCCGUCCGUCUCUAAAUAAACUUUACAUUCUGGAGUCCAAUCAGGAGUUGAGGACAUUGAAUUGUGCCUCAUCAGACAGUUGCAGCUACACAAUAUUUCUGCACAGAAGUGAAAAUUCAUCCAUGUCUCAUAUCACUCUACACAUGAGAUCCUCUGAAAUUGUGUGGGUGUGGCAGUGUAAAGUCACUAGGGGGCGCUCAUGUCUAAACAACACAGUUUCAGAAUCUGAAUUCUCUGACCAGAAGAUUGCCUUCACAAAGGGGAACACUCACUCAUGGUCAGUUCCAGUGGCAUCCUUUCAAGAUAUUGCCUACCAUUUUCGGGUGUCUCUGUCUGGUGAGGUAAGCUGCUCUGGUGAAAAGGAGAGGAAGGACUCUGUGCAGUUCUCUGAUUACUUUGUCCUCAUUCAGAGCAGGUGUGCUUGAGAGGAAGUGUCCAGUGAACAGCUUCUUUGAAUCCAUUUUUAAUCUUCACUCAUUUGCAGUGUGCUCAAGGUUGACUGAAAGUAGCCAUAACGAUGGAACACCUUUGAAAAAUGUGUGUGUUUUAGAAGAGAAUGUGACACAUCCCAGUGUUAAAACAAGCACAGCUUUUUACCUGUAGGGGAAUCUACCAGUAAAUUACACACCUGAGAGAGAUAACAGACUCUAAGCUCCCAGAUGUUUUUUUUUCGGGUUUCUGUCUUACUGUUAUGCCGAUAACACAGACAACUGUAUGGUGUGUGAGAGUGUGUGUGUGUGUGAGUGAGAGUGUGUGUAUUAGGCACUUACUUAGGGACAUUUUCCCCAUUGUUCAUCUCCGUCCAUGGGUAAUUCUGGGUAUAUUAUAAAGAUAUGCUUUGUGCUGGGACACUGUCAGACUCUUAAGAUCUGGAGGUGAAGAGUCACCGGCCCACGUAAGCAUUUACUGGAAAGUAAACAUAAUUGAACUAGCAACUGGAAGCAGUCAUCCAAUGACCUGAAUUGCAUUGUUUUGGAUAUAUCACACGAUUUUGUACUAGUUGUUAAUAGUUAUUAAUAUUAUUAAAAGAAGGCCAGAGCCUAAGCCAUGGUAUUAAACCAUCUCAAAAAGCAACCACUGGACCUUAAUUAAAAUCACUGGAUUGAAGAAACUGGAAGACAUUACAGAAAUACACUGGAAGGAGGUAUAUUAAGUCUAACACUGACAAGUGUCAGAAACACUGGAUUAUAACUCCAUAUUAAAAUGCUUUAAUGAUGACAGAUGUUGACAAUUGACUUUGUUAAAGAAACAUUGCCUUCUUAAAAAAAUACAUUUACUAUCAAAUGAACAUCAUGCUUUAACAGGUUAUUUUUCUCUACUGAAAUGUAUAGAAAUUGUUGUGUUUAUUAGAUGUUACAUUUCUCUACAUGUAUCAGUGUGCGUUAUGUACCUACAGUAAGCACAUAAUCUCUGUUUCUUUUCUUCCUUUUUUGUUUCAAAAACUGAUUCAGAAUUUUUCAUUUGAUCCAUUAGUCUUAAGUUUUCCAAGGGAAAAAAUCAUUUAUCACUGAAACUUUUCUAAAGUGCAGCACAAUGUUUAUCUCAAACGCAGUACUUUACUGCCAAGUUUGUACUCUUUUUACAUGUAUACUGUUCACAAUAAUGUAAAGAUUUCGUGAUUCAUACAGGUUCAGUGCAUGGAUAUGGAACAUGGAUGCAAUAUUUCAAAGCAAUAAAAUAAGCUGAGGCUGUGGAAGGGGA